AUGGUUAAGCAUGGUGUAGAUGUAAGAUUUGUUAACUGCAAUUUUGUUUUUGAAAACUACAUGGGUGAAUCAAUUGAUGUUUAUUUUAACUAUGGUGGGACCUGGGUUGCUGAACCUUAUUUGGAUUAUGUGGGUGGAGAACCUGGGAGAACUUUAAGUAAUGGCUUGAUGAUAGUGGAAAAUGAUGAGUCCAUUAGAACAAUACUGAACCACAUACAUAGGGUUUCAUGGAAGACUGACAUUAUCAUCUAUGCUAGUAAGGAUGAGAAUGAUCCUGUAAUUGAAAAUAGUCCAUUGCCUAUAGCUGUACAAGGAACUGCUAGACUUGGUGAUAGGUUUAUUGAAAAUGUUAGUGGGCAAGAGGAUGAGGUCCUACCUGAUCCUGUGAGUGAGCCCUCUGAGAUUGGCUGUGUUGGGGAGGAGGAUGAGGUCUUACCUGAUCCUGUGAUUGACCCUUCUGAGGGUGGCUGUGUUAGGGAGGAGGAUGAGGUCCUGGGUGAUCCUGUGAGUAGAACUGAGGGUGUGAGUGUUGGAGAGCAGGAUGAGGUAGUGGGUGAGGCUGUGAGUGGAACUGAGGGUGUGAGUGUUGGGCAGCAUGAUGAGGUUGUACCUGAUAAUGGAAGUAGUAGCAGCUCUAGUAGUGAUGAAGAAGAAGGUGCUGAUGAGGAGGAUGAAGAUAGUGAUAGUGAUUUUGCAGAGGUGCCUACUGAGAGGGUUAAUUAUAAUGAGUCAGAUGGCAGUACACACUUCAUCUUAGGGAUGGCAUUUGCAGAUGCAAAAGAAGCCAGACAAGCUAUAGCUAAUUAUGCAGUUGCUGUGGGUAGGAAGUUAAAAAUCCAUCCUAAUGAACCAGGACGUGUCAGGGCCAAAUGUGUGACAGACAAGGGAUGUAAAUUUCUUGUGUUCAUGUCCAAAGAUUCAGACCAUCCAGGAUUGACUCUGAGAACCUUACACUUAGAACACAAAUGCUAUAGGACCUUUAAGAACCCUAUUGUCUCAGCUAAAUAUUUAGCAAACCACUUCAGACCUCUAAUUUGUAAAAACCCUGAAACUAAGGUUAAGGAACUGAGGAACAUUGUUGAGAUGCAACUUAAGGUUAGUGUUUCAGAAAUAAUGUGUAAGAGGGCCAAGAGGAUGAUAAAGCAGGAGUUAGAGGGCAGUUUUGUAAAGGAGUUUCAGUAUUUGGAAGCUUAUGCAGCUGCCUUGAAAAGAUCAAAUCCUGGGACAGCAGCAGAAAUACAAGUAUGCAGGAGGAGUUUGAAGGCUGGAAAGAGAGUUUUUAAGCGCAUGUUUAUAUGCUUUGAUGCAUAUAAACAGGGGUGGAAUCAUGGGUGUAGGCCCAUUAUUGGGUUAGAUGGCUGUUUUUUAAAGAGUAAUUGCAAGGGUCAAUUACUGGCAGCCAUUGGAAAAGAUGCUGAUGAACAGAUGUACCCAAUUGCAUGGGGAGUUAUAGACACUGAAAACACAAGCAACUGGAGGUGGUUUUUGCAAAUGAUGACUAAGGAAUUACAACUAAGAGAUGGGUCAUCAAUUACCCUUAUUUCUGAUAUGCAGAAGGGAUUGAUUAAAGCUGUUAAAGAAAUUUUUCCAGGUGCUGAACAUAGGUGGUGUGCUAGGCACAUUUGGGCUAACUGGUCCAAGAAAUGGGGUGGAGGACACUUGCAAAAACAGUUUUGGAUAUGUGCAUGGAGUACUUAUGAAGAAGAAUUCAUUGAUAAUUUGAAGAAGAUUGGGGAAACAAGCAAGAAAGCUGCAGAAGAUCUGGUUUGGUACCCCCCACACAACUGGAGCAGAGCAUUCUUUAGCAAUAGAUCCAAAUCAAUGAUGGUAGACAACAACAUCACUGAGUGUUUCAACUCAUGGAUAAAGGAAGCAAGGUACAAACCUAUAGUGAGCAUGCUUGAGGAUAUCAGAAUUAAGGUUAUGGAGAGAAUAGCUAGUAAGAAGAGUCAGAGCAGUACAUGGUUCAAUGACUGGAGUCCUGCAAGUAUGCAGAAGUUCCAUGACUAUAAAGACAUGUCUUUAGGAUGCAAGGCAGUCUGGAAUGGUGAUCAUGGGUUUGAGAUUGGGGAAGGUGAUGACAAGCAUACAGUCUUCAUAGAUAAGAAGUUGUGCACUUGUAGGGCAUGGAGCCUCUGGAUCACAUCUCAGGGUACUACCAUAGGGCCUAAUAUGUUAGGGGAACAACAUAUUGCUGCUGGGAGUUCAAUGGCUGCUGAUCCAAAUGUCAGAUUCUCCAUACCAAAUGAGACUGACAUAAUAAAGGAUAGAGUGUCAAGGUUGAAGUCCAGUAGCAAUGACAGUGAAGCUUCAAGAAAAUUGGUUUCAAGGGAAGUGGAUCUGAUGUUAAGUAUCCAGAGAAUCUCCCUUUCAAGCCAAGAGGGGGGUUAA